UUCUCGACUACCAACGCCGAAUGAGCCUCCGCAAGGCCGUCCUACAGCGCAUCACCCCGCUGCCAUCCCGCACACCCUCUCCAAACAUCCCCGCAGACUGGCCCCAGCCCCUCCUCGAAGAGGCCGACUCGCAUCAAGCUGCUUCCCCGGUCGACGAGCAGCAACACUUCGCAAGCAGAGCCAAGACCCCAGACUUGCUGACCGCCAAUGGCGUCGUGAAACGAUGGCGCGUCAAUAUCACAGACCCCACCUCCGCCCAUCCGAAUGAACUCACCACCGUCGCAAGCCUAGGCGGGACCGUCAACCGCGAUCCUGAGCUCUGGUGGGAAGAUGGUAACAUUAUUCUCCUGUGUCGGGAUACUGCAUUCAGAAUGUAUCGCGGCCUUCUCGCAAGGCAGUCCGUCAUCUUUCGAGAUCUCUUCGCGAUGGCCCAGCCUUCAAAUUCGGAAACAAUGGAAAGCUGCCCGGUCGUGCACAUAUCGGACUCACCAGACGAUCUUCGCCAUCUUCUUCGUGCGCUCUGUGGACUUCGCAAAUUCCCUAUCAUCCCUGGAGAGCGCAUGGAGUUCGCCGAGCUCGCCGCGCUCAUCCGCAUGUCCUACAAAUACCACGUCGAAGACGUCCACUCCCGGUCCAUGCACCACCUCAAACUCUACUUCACCAACGACCUCUCCACCUGGGACUCGGCCGGCGCCGACGGCAACCUCUUCGUGCACAUCACGCCCCCCGACGCCAUCGCCGCCGUGAACCUCGCGCGCCUCACGCACGCCGACUCCGUCCUGCCCACCGCGCUCUACCUCUGCUGCCAGCUCGACCAGGAGCUCAACCUCGGCGUCGAGCGCGCGGACGGCAGCGUCGAGCGCCUCGAGCCGCGCGACCUCGAGCUCGUCCUGCGCGCGCGCACGGAGCUCGUGCGCGCGAGCACGCGCGGCGCGUGCACGAUCUGCCGCCCGACCCCGAGCGCGCAGUGCGCGAGCAAGGGCUGCGAGCGCGCGCUGCGCGAGAUCCUCGGCAUGAUGCUCGACGGGCUGCAGAAGGACCCGAUCGGGGACAUCGCGGGCUUCGCCGCGCUCGACUCGUGGGAGCACUGGAUCGAGGACGUCGUCGAGCUCUGGCCGCUGUGCGAGCCGUGCCGCGCGAUGCUGCACGCGCGCGACCUGGACGUGCGCAAGGACGUGUGGAAGCGCCUCCCGAGCUACAUGGGCGUCGCGGUCGAAGACUGGAAGGACCCGACGGCGCCCGUCGCCCCCGCCGCGCCGAAAUCGAGCACGUCCACUUGACACUGUGUGACCUGUCCGAAAAAUGGGACAAGAACUGGACUGAAGAAGAUCUAUAUGCAUAUCUACCCAUCUUACGGUUACCCUCACUUAUCUCCUCCCACGCGGCGCGCCCUGCUUCCUCUCCUUACUAACCUCCGAAACCCCUGCUAUACUAACGGCCCUUACACCCAAACCAAGCCCAUUAACAUACACAUUGACAUUUGGCAAUCUCGCG